UUGCGAGAUCUCCACUUAAUAACUAAAUAGAGUCACUGCUGCUAUCAGUCAUUUCUCCUCCCCUCCUCCUCCUGUUCUCAUCUCUCACUCAGUUGAUGCCCCUAGUUUGCAUAAUAUACAACCUUAGAAAAUAAAACUGAUAAAGUUUUCCUGAUUCUGUCCCAGACUCUGGAUUGAUCAUGGACCCACGGUCUGAGGGAUCCGACCCCCGGUCCGAGGGAACUGACUGUGUUCCCAACGGUAUUCCCUAUGUUCCGGAGCACAGGUCUGAGCUGUGUGUGUCAGAGGCUCACAGCCAGCAGCUACUGGGCAUGCUCAGAUCGUUCAGAGAGCGAGGCCUACUGUUUGACUUCACUAUAACAGUCCAGGACCAGACCUUCCCCUGUCACCGCUGUGUCCUGGCAGCCUGCAGCGACUUCUUCAGGGCCAUGUUUGAGUUGGACAUGCGUGAGUGUGGUGAUAGGAUGGUAACCCUGGGUAACCAGUCCCCAGAAGCUGUGCGCUGCUUCCUGGACUUCUGUUACUCUGGAGAGAUGGUCGUCACCCACGAAAACGUAGACAUGCUGUUCCAGCUCGCCUCUUUCCUACAGGUGCCUGUGCUCUUCAGAGCAUGCAGUGACUUCCUGAUCGGAACCCUGGAGCUCUCCAACUGCCUGAUGCUAUUGGCCCUCGCUGAGGGAUACGGCUCUGCCUCCCUCCUCCAGCAGGCCAAUGAGUUUGUAGUUCAGAACUUCCACGACCUCUCAAUGACUCCAGACUUCCUGGAUAUGCCGUUGGGCGUGCUCGAGGUAUGUCUGGGGUCGGACAGUCUGAGCGUGCCCAGUGAGGAGGUGGCGGUGAGGUCAUCCCUGAGGUGGACAAGUCACGACCUCCAGACCAGACAGAGGCUGUUGCCACGGCUACUAGCACUGCUACGGCUACAUCACGUACCCACACACACCCUGCAGGCCCUGGCCCGGACUGAGAAUCUCCUCUCAGGGGACCAGCUCUGUGUUAGUCUGGUCAGUGAUGCAGUGAGUAGACAGACACAGCUCAGUGGUCUACUGCCAGACGCCAGACCAGCCACCACACAGUCUUACAUCUACAUCCACAAGACAGAGGAGAAUGGAGAGAUACACCACAGCUUCUGUUACAGCCUGGACACAGACCAAUGGAGAGAGCUACCUCAGGGCCAGGGGGAGGGUUUUAGUAUGACCCCUGACCCCUCAGGCUCUUCCCUCACCAGCUACGCCGAGAAGUUGUUUGUGACAGGUGGUUGUCGGGGCAACUGUUGCCGCACGGUGCGUCUUCACGUGGCAGAGCCGUUCCAUGAUGCGACAGCAGAGGUUUGGUGCUACUGCCCAGUCACACACACCUGCACCCCUGCCCCGGACAUGGGGAAACCCCGUACCAUGCACACAGCCGUCACCACCCUGGACAGACUGUAUGUGCUAGGAGGGAGGACCAGAGGAGAAAGGGAGGGGGCUCCUAGCCUAAUGGAGGUAGAGUACUACGACCCCCUGGCCAAAACCUGGACCUCCGUCAGUCCUCUGCCCACUGCUAUCUACUACCCAGAAGCCAGUGCGUGCGGCAGCAUCAUCUACACAUUGGGUUCGUCAGUGGAGAUAUCGGACUCCUUCAACCCUUCGCUGGACUGUUUCCUGCGCUACGACGCUGUUUCUGACCAGUGGAGCCACCUGGUGGCAGAGUUUGGUCAGUUUUUCCACGCCACCCUGGUCAAGGCUGUGUCCGUCAACAACACUCUACACCUCUGUGACUUGUCUACGUAUAAGGUGUACAGUUUCUGUCCAGAGACUUGUGUGUGGCAAGGGGAGGGGUCGUUCGAGUGUGCCGGGUUCAACGCAGGCUCCGUGGGCGUGGCCAACCGAAUCUACAUCCUGGGAGGAGACUACUCACCUGAUGAGAUCACUGACGAAGUCCAAGUGUACCACAGUGGGCGGGGCCAGUGGGAGGAAGUGACACCAAUGCCACGCCCCCUGACAGAGUUUCACUGUCAGGUCAUCAGCUUCAACAGAUACAGAGACCCCUGGGGAGGAAGGGACACGUAACACACACACACACACACACACACACACACACACACACACACACACACACACACACACACACACACACACACACACACACACACACACACACACACACUACCUGGGGACUAAAAGCUGCAUCAAUGAAAUAAAUUAUGUUUUGUCAUACCUCAAGUAUUUAUUAGUUUUAUCACAUUUUAUGUUAUAUAUUUAUUUAUAAACUGGGUGGUCGAGCCCUGAAUGCUGAUUGUCUGACAGCCAUGGCAUAGCAGACCUUAUACCAUGGAUAUGCCAAAACAUGUAUUUUUACUGCUCUAAUUACAUUGCUAACCAGUUUAUAAUAGCGAUAAGGCACCUCAGGGGUUUGUGGUAUAUCGCCAAUAUACCACGGCUAAGGGCUGUAUCUCCACGU